AUGACCUUGGAUCUCGAGGGUCUUAUCGGCGGCCUCAUACUGUUGAUCAGUUGUAGUGGUGAAAAGGGUUGCCCGGUGGGGAAAGUGAUUGAGACCAUCGAGGCAAAACUCGCGGCGCCCUCGGACAUCGCUAAAAACCAUGACAGCGCAUUCCGUAAAGAGGCAGAUAACCACUCGGUGACAACUAUUUGGAGCUGGCUAGUUGCGAGGCCAGAUAUCUCCGUGGGUCCCGACAGGAGCUAUAACCACCUUGCGCUGCCCGAAGUUCAGGCACUGUGCUUGCAAACGCCUGUUAGUCACCGCUUUGAGGCACCGGCGACGAAGAGCGAGAAAGACAGUCCCCAGACAGCGAAAGGACUGCUUUCGCAGAACACAAGCAGCCAUGUCAUCGCCGAUACGUCCGCUGCUGCUUUCGAGGCUGUUUACAGGGAUAGUCACAGCCAUUUCCCCUCGCCUACGCAGCAGGUCGAUGCUUCCUCGCGAGAUCAGCAUGCGAACGAUGUCAGAGUGUUCGCCUCGGAAGACAGGAUGUGGGAGUGUAUUGCUGGGCACGCGGUAGAUCACAAACGCCUUCCGCGGCUGGAGUGGACCUGUCUCAUGGGUAUUGCCUCCACAAUGACCGACGGUAUUCUGCAAGGCGAUUUGGGGCGCCUCGUGGAUCAAGACAAGCGCUCUGUACCCAAGCGAACUGAUGUGCUGGACCAGAAGGGAUAUAUCACGAAGAGAUCUGCCUUGCUGCGGGGCACAAAAACCAGCCGCUUGUGGCUCCAUCGUUUCGCACCAGGCAACAUCGAGAAGGCGAUUAGCGAAGAAGUCGAACGUGCUGAAGUAGGUCUGGACUUGUCACAGGAACUCCUGGCCGAAGACCUUGAGCCGGUGCCAUGGUCGGACCGCUGGAACAAGAACGACAACCCCGACUACAUCUCGCUGAUCAGAACAAUCAUGGCCAUUACCAAGUCUUGGGGUGUCAUUCGCGGCCUGGACCUGCGAAGGAAACUCGAUGUCAUCGGCAAGCCCUGGCAUAUGAAAAUGGUAUCUCAAUGCUGCCGCUUUCUCCACGGGCGAGGUUGCCUGCUCUACGUGGCCGCGCAGCACGAUGUUGGCGAGCAAGUUUACAAAGACUGCAUACAAUUUGUGAGGGACGUGGAGUCCUCGGAUUACAAAGUAUAUCUCGCAACGGGCAGCCGUAGGCCUGAACCCAGCGGUGUAGUGAACACUGCGGAGAAUGAUGAAGCGGAAGGGCCCCAGCUCAGAUCAACUCUGCAAAACUCCUUCCCGCCAUGGUCGGUAGACGAGCCAUUCGGAAACUUUUGGGUCAGAAUGGCCCAGGCCUGUCUUGGGCCAGGCGUGGCCAAUCCAGAUAUUGGCACGUUCAGUAUGGGACCUGGCUUCAAUCGGUACAUUUCUUCGACUACACAUCUCACAGCCGGAGCUAUGGCCCAGCCCCCAUAUUUGCAGCAUUUCCAGGUGACAGAGGAGCUGGUCAGGACCGGCAAGAUUGCAUCCUUCCGAUAUGUCGUGCCCGAGCGCGUGGCAAUCGUGACCUCUCAGGCAGACGAAACCUUUGGAUUCACUCCUUUUGCGCCCAAGAAGCACGAGGUCGACCAGGUUGCAUCACUGAGCAGAUUAUGUCGGAGCACUAUCGUCCGAGGAAAGAAUCGCGGCAAGCCUAAGCUCGAGAGGAUGCUUGCAACUGGUACCAUGGCUAGGGGAGAUGACGAAGACAGAGACUGUAUCGAAGUUAAAAGGCCGAGUCCGGUCAAAAAAGCCCACCAGAAAGAUUUCAGACAAUCGUCAAUUGCAAUCAGCGAAGUAGGCUCGCAGGCUGACAAGGCAUCUACACUGAUUGUGACGCUGAAAGUCCGACCGCAAGUCCUUGAACGCAUCGCCCUCGCUACAGCCUCACGCUCAACGGUUUGUUCACAGGCAGAAGAUGAUGCCGGCCCAGUUAGCCUUCUCCCUGGAAAAGCGACCAGUAUACGGCAACAGGAAUUGAGCCCACACAGCGCUAGUGAGACGCUUGAACCACCAGCGGGGAGCCAGUCUGGUAUAGCGACAAGUGUACCAAACAAUCUGGGCGCUGUCGACCAAGAGCUAGCGGCGACAAUAUCUCCUCUAGGGCACCCUGCCAGCGAGGAAGCACCGCGAGUGACAGGCGGCCGCGGCCGCGGCCGCGGUCGUGGUGCCCGGGGUCGCGGACGAGGCGGUGGCGGCCGCACCACAGGCUCGAGCGACAUAAAGCCUUGGAAAUGUGAAAAGUGUGGGGGGGCGUGGAAGAAUGAUAUCGGUCUCAAGUACCAUCUCGAAAAGGCCAGAGUGCCUUGCAAUGUCAAUUGGGAUCCGGCUGCUGAGGCAGCUCGGUUGAUCGAGCGGAAGAUGGAGACACAGAAGACGAAGGCGGCAAAAGACCAGAGGCAGCUCGCAACAGCAUCCACACAGCCAGAGGAGGCGCAUAGCGAUGCAGCUGCCACCUCUGACACAUUGGACGGCAUUGCCAAGCGAAGAAAAAGAGUACCUCGCUACGUCAGCUCUCCUCGUAGUCGGUCACCCAGCGCCGCGUCCGUUCGGGACGACUCCUCACGGAAGGUUCCCAUAACAAAGAGGUUUCAGGUCGUCAAACUAGAACGGACGGUGCCAGAUGACGCGGCAAGGAAUCCCAUGCUGCCUACACAGGGCCUCUUGCUCCCCACUGACCGACUACGUUUGCGGACCGUCGCUGACCUUGCGCUUGGCCCCGGCCUUUCGACAAUGGACGUCACGGAAACGGGCCGCGAGCGCUCUGGCUCUACGUGUGACAAUUUCCCCGGUCAGCCGUCUACCGUCGGGUAUCCGAGCGAAGAGGACACACUGGCAGGUCAGGAGGUGCAGAAGCGAUAUUUCUCCGGCCAUCAUAGCAAGCUUAAUCGGUUAGAGGGGAGGCUCCUCAAUCAGAAGGAGCGCAAUGAGCGGACGUCUCACUUGCUCAAGAUUCUCUUACGCGACCAUGAUGGCGUCUUCCCGGGGGGAGAAGCUUUGUGGCGAGCUUUGCGAGUUUUGUGGGAUCGAGAGUACCGGCACGAGGUUCCUCGCGUCCAGUGCCUCACCAACCGAUCUUUCUGGGGCUCGGUGAUAGCCAUGAUACGGAAUAAGGAGGUUGCGGAACACUGGCAUGUGUUUCGCAGAGAUGACGGCAAAAUCGCAAAGGUUCAGACACUAACUUCAACUGGCGAGGACCCCUCAUCCCCUAAAGUUGUGAGGCUUGUGGAACUGAUGAAGAACCGAUACCCGGAUCCCUAUGUGCCUGACAGCAUCCGAAACGCCGAAGUCACAGUUCUGAAGAUCAAUGGCCAUGCGAUUCCUUCGAGGAGGCCACUGCCUACUUUGGUUUCGAGAUUGGAGGCGCCCGUAUAUACAAAGCAACUAGCAGCCAAGCGCCUGAAAGAACACGAGCAGGCCGACGCAAAGAAAACAAAUCGCCCGCGAUGGUCGGUAGGCGCUCAACGCAAGGGCCCUGCAGGUAAACUGGGAUGGGUAGGCCACUCCAACAGCAAGCCUUGGCCGACCGAGGAUCCUGAAGCUGGGCCAUCCAGCGUUGUGACAUUCCUCGACCCCAACACGUAUCUUGAAGAUGACACUCCUGAUCACCGCCCCAAAGAGAGUCGACUCGUGGACGCAAAUGCAACCAAACGGAUUGAGUCGCAUCGAAAAAGGUUGUUGGCUAGUGACACCUGCAUCACCAACCCGAUUGUGCCAUCGCUGAUCUUAGAGGGCAACGGGGAAGGUGCUUGGGAAUUCCUCGGUCUGAAAUUCUUCGAAACAAGCCACGCUAGUUUCACCCUCGACGGCUGGAUGCCUUCCUCAACGUGGUUCAAAUGGGAGGAACUUGCCUGCAGUAUUGAUAUGCGGACCGGCGCCAAAGCUCCAAAAGGAUUCCAUCGAUAUGAAGAGCGAGAUAGGAAGUGGUCGAGAGCCAUGGAUCGUAUUCAUGCCAUCUAUGAGGCAGAGCAGAGUGACUAUCACCGGGCUAUCAAGGCUGCGCCUGGUGAAGCUGGGCCGCACAACAUCUUUGUCGAUGUAAUUGGAGACAGCGGACCCUUUGACUCCGACAUUGAUCCCUCGCGGCUGGAAUAUGUUGAGCAAUUGACGUUGGCCGAUGGUCGGAAGAUACAAGAUGACGCUCCAGACAGCGACUCGUGGGAUAGCAACGAUGAUGCUAUCGUCUUCAUCAAAGGCUUGGCAUCUCCCUUUGUCAGUGCCGAAGAAACGCGUCGGAAGAAAGGAGCGCUCCGCGCUGUUCGGGGUGACCGUGGAAAAGGGGUUCCUCACCAAGUCCCAAGUCCCCGGCCAGAGCGCGCCAAGUUUGUUCCCCUCAAAAUGCGCCAGCUCACCGCGCUGCCCAGUCGCGUCAAGUCCCAGGCUGUGGAAGGCGGAGAAACGGUUCAAUAUGAUGAGCCGAUACCCAAUCCAAAGGAAGUGCUCGCGGCCUUUGUCGCCGUGCGCGCCCUGCUGGGUGGCGUCGACAGAUUCAUUGACUGGGGCAUCUUGGUCGACCUGUUCCCCGACAUUGAACUUGCUCGCCUCAGGAGGUUCUGGUUAGCUACGCAGAAAGCGCGGGGGCCCUUCGUCGCCGAGUUCAUGCAUGACUUCCAAGACCGAUACAUCGCAGCUUGUGGGCGUGAUGAGCUGCCUCUCAUCGACUACGAACACGCUGCAGAUUACGACUGGCAAGGCUUGGUGAGAUGGACGAUGGAGAUUCCAGCAGAAAAGGAUCAGCAUUUACCCCCGACCAUGGAGAACCUCGAUGACAGUUUCGUCCUGAAAGAUGUCGAGAGGGACAAUGAUGACUGGAAGGAAAAGUACUAUCAUGUCGCGACAUCCACCCUCGCCCGACUGGAGUUUCUCUCUUCUGAACCAGCCGCUAUCAGUGGCCACUCAAGGUCUCGUUGCGUAGACAGAUAUCAGCCAGCGCGAUCGUGGAUGCGUUCCCUGUGUAUCACACCUGCUUCCGGAACUCAAGCUGCUGCGGCCAUGCGCAAGAAACUUCUCGAGCUGGGAGGGGGCAACCAGUCUGAAGUUUCUCAUCUGCUGAACACGGCGAUCGAUCAACUCUCUGAAACGAAAGUCCUCAAAAAGACCAAAAAAAGUACCAUUCCUGGUGGUGUCGAGUACAGAUUGUCAGAGCCCUACACCACCAGCCUCGCCCGCCUAUCACAAAUGCAAAAGUACAAGGAAGCGCAACAAUUCAAAGAAUCGUUGGACGCGGCGGCUCGGAAAGGAGAGAGCUUUCCAAUCUCUUAUACGCUUUCAGACGGUGCGAUGAUGGCGGUCAUGAACCUGUCAGCCAACGGAAGAGUACGCGUCCGGUCCACGGAUGUGCCUUAUAUACCCUUUGGCUUCAUUCCUGGAAACUACGAAUCGCGCAAGAUGCCCAAGACCAAUCUCCACUUUGGGAUCGCGGUUGAGGCUACGGACGAUUAUCUCUACAACCAGGAUAUCUCUCUUCUGCACCACGUUAGGAGCGAGGAGCCGCCGCGGGUUGGACCAGCGAAAGCAAUACCUCAGUGGAUUGACUUUUGGAAUCGGCCCCAGCUCCACAGAUGGUGGGAGGUACUUGCCUCUGUGCUCUUCCUAUUCUCUACGCGAGGCGAAAUGUCGGGAGACCUGCUGGUCAAGGCUAUGAAACCUGUUCUGGAACCCUUUGAGGCAGAGGUGAUCUUGGAUUGGUGUGUAGAGAAAGGUCUCCUAGAAAAUGAGGAAGGAGAGCUGAGGUUGGCGGAGUGGUGGUGGCUGGCAGUACCAAUGUCGCAGAGAUGA